UAUGCGCAUCGUUCAGAAGGUACUGUGAAGUCGGCAAUAUUUUGUGUGUAGGGUGAGAUUUCAGUCAGCGCUUUGCCUAUGUGCAGUUUCUUUUCCACGAUUGAGGUGUCGAUGAGCUAAAUGGUGUCACCGCGACUUGACUCCACACCGUCUGAGAAGAACAUUGGCAAAACAGUCUCUCAAACAUUACGAUAUGGGGACUUUUAAGAACUCGUAAAAUCUUCAUCCAUUUGAACUUAUGAAGAUUACAAAGAACAUCAAAGGAAAUAGACCAAUUAGUAAUAUUGUCAAAUGUUACAUGCAGGCUUGAAAUAUGUCCUGAAGUCAGCCUAGAGCAUGACAGCCCUUAUGCCGACACUUGUCUCCAGAACAACUGCUCGGAUUUGAGACAAUUCAACACUUUGAAAAUAUUGAUCAUUAUGUAACUCUGACAGGUAUCACACAGUGAUCUGUCAUAACAGAGCUUCAACCAAAGACCAGCCCCUGAAACAGGAGAUAAUACCUUAAGUAGGUGGACCAGUUGUUCCUGACUAAAUACUGUCAAAUCACAUGCCAGUUUUAAAUGAAGUGAACACUAUCAGUUUGUGCAAAUGUCUCGGAAAACCAACAAGGCCCAAGAUAACUCAGUUGCAGCAGAACGACUAGCUGACUACAGAGGGGAGAGUGUGAUCCCCAUCAUGUCUACUCAUGGAACUGGCUCCGAUUCACCAGAUUUGGAAAGUCACCGCCAAGCACAGUAUGGCCAUGACGGCUGUGAUGAUGUAGUUGCAUCAAUGGACAAUGUUUCCAUCAGGGAACAAUAUCAAGCCAAAGAAAUUCCCAAGGAGAAGAAGGGGAGCCAGGGCUCCAUAGCGGUGGAGCCAGCAAACCCCAAGAAGCAGGUGAUGGUGAUAACUGGACAGAACAAGGCAAAGCCCACUGUCCCAGCACGCCCCUCGGUCAAGGCGGACCUGGAUAUUGCCAAAGAAUUCAAGAAGUGCAAAGAAGAGGGAGCAAAGAGGCUUGAUCUGAGCAAAUCUCAGAUCUCUGCACUCCCUAGCAGUGUUAAAGAUUUGACACAGCUUGUUGAGGUGUAUCUCUAUGGCAACCGUCUGACUGUGCUUCCGCCAGAGAUUGGUAAUCUAACAAACCUCCAGACAUUGGCCUUGAGUGAGAAUUCCAUCACCAGUCUGCCGGACUCACUGGAAUACCUUCGUGACCUGCGUGUCCUGGAUCUCAGACAUAAUAAACUGCAAGAGAUACCUAAAGUGGUCUACAAGCUGCACUCAGUGACGACCCUUUUCCUUCGUUACAACAGAAUCAAGCAUGUAGAUGAAGAGAUCAGCCAGUUGACCAAAUUAACCAAGUUUAGUUUAAGAGAAAACAGAAUUCGAGACUUGCCUCAAGGGAUUGGUCAGCUUGAGAACCUGGUGACCUUCGACAUCUCCCACAAUCACCUGGAGCACCUACCCGAAGAAAUUUGUCACUGUACAAAUCUGAACUCCCUGGAUCUCCAGCACAAUGAGCUCCUGGACAUCCCGGAGAGGAUUGGGAAGCUGCGACUCCUCACACGACUCGGGUUAAGGUACAACAGGCUGACCUCUAUUCCCCGGUCCCUGGCCCACUGUGUACACAUGGACGAGUUCAAUGUUGAGGGCAACAACAUAUCAAGCUUACCAGAAGGGUUGCUGUCUAGUCUGACAAACCUGACGAGCAUCACGCUGUCCAGAAAUGCGUUCCAGUCAUACCCAUCAGGGGGGCCGUCACAGUUCUGUUCAGUUUAUGCAAUCAACAUGGAGCACAACCAGAUAAACAAGAUUCAGUUCGGCAUCUUCUCCCGCGCCACUUCACUGACCAAGCUGAACAUGAAAGACAAUCAACUCACAUCUCUCCCACUAGACCUUGGAACAUGGACGAACAUGGUCGAGUUGAACUUGGGAACCAACCAGCUGUCCAAGAUCCCUGACGACAUCCAGAACCUCCAGAAGCUUGAGGUCCUCAUCCUCAGCAACAACUGUCUGAGGAGGUUAACAUCAGCCAUUGGAAACCUGCAAAAGCUACGAGUGUUGGACCUUGAGGAGAACAGACUGGAGCAGCUACCUCCUGAAAUUGGUAACCUGCGUGAUCUCCAGCGACUCAUCGUGCAGUCCAAUCAGUUGACAUGUCUGCCACGGACACUCGGGUUCUUGAAGAACUUGCAGUAUCUUGGUUCUGGAGAAAACAACCUUACAUCCUUACCAAAUGAGAUAGGUACAUUAGAGAGUUUAGAAUCCCUGUACAUAAAUGACAACCCUGAGUUGCACAGUCUGCCGUAUGACCUGGCAUACUGUGCCAACUUGCAGAUCAUGAGCAUCGAGAACUGCCCCCUCAGUCAGAUCCCAGCGGAGAUAGUUGCCAGAGGCCCCUCUCUUGUAAUACAGUACCUGAAGCUCCAGGGUCCGUACUGCCCAUAACAAGCUGACCGAGGAGCAGCGGGCGGAGCGGGCAGAGCAGGCAGAGAGGCUGUGAUGGUGACUGUGUAUACGGGGCAUUUCAAUAUUGACUGCUGACCAACACCACUUGUUGGUCCUACCACUUGUUGGUCCUAUACCCAAAGCUUAUGUUUCAUGUUGGCAAGACUCUCCAGGAAAUGUGAAGAAAUCUGUGAUUAUUUCCCCUUGGAAAGUGCAAAUUGUCUCCCUUGGACCAGUGUUGACUUGUUUGGCUGUGUCUACUCGGCGGCGGCAGGCAGGGGUUGUUCCCAUAAUGACAUGUACAACUUGCUAACCAAAAUAUCAUUUGUUUAAUGAGGACACAGGGUCUGAGAGAGGUCGCUCAGUAUGGAUGGUGGGGGGAUGUGGUGCGUGGGAGGGAGGGACAGGCGUUGAUGGCUCACUUGUACCGUCCCCUGCAGUUGACAGCAUAUUAUCUUCUCAAGUAUUACACAAUGUCUCUCAAGCUGUAUAGACUAACCAUGCACUGUAAGACUGGGUUACGGUGCCAUGGUAUGAUACUUAUAUCUUGUCACUGUGUGCCAUGGUAUGAUACUUGUAUCUUGACACUGUAUGCCAUGGUAUGAUACUUGUAUCUUUGACACUGUGUGCCAUGGUAUGAUACUUGUAUCUUGACACUGUAUGCCAUGGUAUGAUACUUGUAUCUUGACACUGUGUGCCAUGAUACUUGUAUCAUGACACUGUAUGCCAUGGUAUGAUACUUGUAUCUUGACACUGUAUGCAAUGGUAUGAUACUUGUAUCUUGACACUGUAUGCCAUGGUAUCAUACUUGUAUCUUGACACUGUAUGCAAUGGUGAGAUACUUGUAUCUUGACACUGUAUGCAAUGGUAUGAUACUUGUAUCUUGACACUCUGUGCCAUGGUGCGAUACUUGUAUCUUCACACUGUGUGCCAUGGUAUGAUACUUGUAUCAUGACACUGUGUGCCACGAUAUGAUACUUGUAUCUUGACACGGUGUGCCAUGUUGAGAUACUUGUAUCAAGACACUGUUUCAAGGUGAGGUGCUUGUAUCUUGACACUGUUUGCCGUGGUAUGAUACUUAUAUCAUGACACUGUAUGCAAUGGUAUGAUACUUGUAUCAUGACACUGUAUGCAAUGGUAUGAUACUUGUAUCGUGGCACUGUAUGCCAUGGUAUGAUACUUGUAUCAUGACACUGUGUGCCAUGAUAUGAUACUUGUAUCAUGACACUGUGUGCCACAGUGAGAUACUUGUAUCAAGACACUGUGUGCCACGAUAUGAUACUUGUAUCAAGACAAUGUUUCAAGGUGAGGUGCUUGUAUUGUAAGGCUGUGUGUUGUAAGGCUGUGUAUCCAUACACGACAAUGUACCUGUAAGAAGGUAUGUUACAUGGUCAAAUGAAAUUUCUGUUUUCUGAUUUUAUGUAAAAGAGUGCUCAAACCAUUGUUAGCGGAAAGAAUUCGGGUUUACUGAGUAUUCUGUUUGGGUAUGUGUAGUCCCGUGGCUGUAGGACAAGUGUCCUGUGUUCAUGUUUGGCGGCCUGCAGUAAGUGACCCACUUUGUAUUGUUACAGCUUGUCUUGGCUUGCUUCACUGGUCUUGCUUUCCAUCUUUGUUGAAACAGGGUACGAAACAGACGGGGACCCUCCCUAGCCUGAUCAGCUGUUGUCGUUGUGGUGAUUAACUUAGGUUCAUUAGGAAAUCAUCAUGGAGAAACACCUGUGCCAAAUUCAAGAUGUUAUUGUUUCACCUUGACAAGAUAAUGCAUGUGUGCAGAUCAUUCUGUGUGUACAGGUGUCUGUGAUGUACAGGUCACCCUGUGAUGUGUGUACACAGGUAACUGAGAUGCAUUGGCAAGAUUUAAGCUCAGUACAUUUCACAAAAACUUUCUAAAUGUAAUCUAGGAAUAAGGAACAUUGUUUCUGCUGCAAGAAACGUCAACCUCUCUGACAUCAGAAAAUAAUGAUGUUUUGUAAGCUGUGUUGAAAAGAUGCAAGACAUAUGCUGAGAGUAGACUCUAAACUUCGGGAUCAAACUGCAGUGGCAAGACCUGACUCCUGUGACCAGAUGUCUCCUAUGGUGAGACGCAACUUCUCUGGUGAGAUCAGACUCCCAUAGCAAGAUCCGACAUCUUUGGUGAUAUGUGUCUUCAUUGGAGAGAUCAAACUCCCAUGGCAAGAUCCAACAGCUGAUCUGAUUAUUGUAGUCAGACCUGACUUUAUGGUGAGAUCUGACCAUUGUGGUGAGAUCCAACUUUAUGGUGAGACCUGACUAUUGUGGUGAGAUCCAACUUUAUGGUGAGACCUGACUAUUGUGGUGAGACCUGACUUUAUGGUGAGAUCUGACUAUUGUUGUGAGAUCCAACUUUAUGGUGAGACCUGACUAUUGUGGUGAGACCUGACUUUAUGGUGAGAUCUGACUAUUGUGGUGAGACCUGACUUUAUGGUGAGAUCUGACUAUUGUGGUGAGAUCUGACUUUAUGGUGAGAUCUGACUAUUGUGGUGAGACCUGACUAUUGUGGUGAGACCUAACUUUAUGGUAAGAUCUGACUAUUGUGGUGAGACCUGACUUUAUGGUGAGAUCUGACUAUUGUGGUGAGACCUGACUUUAUGGUGAGACCUGACUAUUGUGGUGAGACCUGACUAUUGAGCUGAGACCUGACUUUAUGGUGAGACCUGACGCCUGUGAUAAACUACUGAGGUGACCUUCGACUCAGUAUUCACUGCAGCUCAUAAUGUCCUGUGUGCGUUGCACUUUCCACUUUCGUCUUUCGUCCCCUGCUUGUGCAAUGUAGGAAGAGCAUUCCAUCCCUGCAAGAUGGGUGCAUGGAGGACUGUGGUACCAUCCGUGGCUGCUGUGUUGAUGCUGGGUGCCAUGAUGCAACGCUCUGCUUCCUGUAUCAAUACCAAGUGAUACAUAUAUAUACAAGCAAAAAAUGGUAUGUAACAAAAUUGUUUCAAUACAUUUUUCUACUUGUAUGUACAAAAGGGCUCAAGCCACUUUGCAUGUUGAAUGUUUUAGUUGGGGUACUAUUUAUUUCCCUUGCUGGAAAUUUUCCCUGUACAUGUAAACAUCUGGUUUUCAUGUACCAUAUUGUUUCAUCAUAUCAAAGGCUUGAUAUUGAGAUAUGUAUCGUAUGAUCAAGUGUUUCAUUACAGCCCCAACAUGGGCAUAUCCUUAGACUGGUGCAUCAAGGACGACAGACACUACAUCUUCCCAGACACAGGACUUAACUGACAACAACUGUCUAGUUUCAACCCUUGCCUGAAUAGGCUGGGAUUUGGUGGCUCGAUCAGGGCUCCAUCAAUAACUAUUACAUCCCCACCAUGACCCUCCUAACUGGCCGAGCAAAUUCCACCUAACAUAUUACCUCAAAAAGUGUAUCAACUUACUGGACCAGAUUUAUUAAAAACAUGAUUUGGAAAGUAUCUGCCAAUACAAGUUGACGGUAAAUUUGGUUUGUAAAUCAUGCCAUCAACUGAAAACUGGGGCUGUUAAUGAACCAGAUAUCUAUGACUGGAUCAUUAGCCAAAACAAACAUCCAAACUUCCAGACAAGUGUUAAACUGGACGUUUAUUGUCAGUAAGUUCCCCAACUUUAAGAUUGCUACACGAAGGCUGACUGGUUGUCUGGGAGGGGAUUUCCCUUCCAUGCAGCCUGCGUGUGAAGUAAGCAUUGUAGUGAAUACAUUGUUGAGUUAUUGUUGUUACAGGCGUAUUGUAUGGAUUGUAAUCUAAGAAUCAAUGAUUGCAGGUAAUGAUUGCCUCAACUAGUGCCUGUUAUAGGAACAUUAUAUUAUUUCACUUAUUGGAAAUACAUCUGAUUUGUUCUGACGGUAGGUGACCUUAUGUAAAGCUGUGUGGUGUGGACAGGGUAUCGGGUUACUAGGCACUGAUAGUUCAUGGGUGGUUUUGUCAGAGCUAGGUGUUGGAACCUGUGGAGGUUGAGAUGUUUGUGCAGACACUGAAGGCUCUUGUGUUGGUGCAGGUUAACACCGAGGUCAGGAUGUUUGCGCCAACACUGGAAUCACGGAUGUGUGUAGCCACUGCAGGUCUUAUUGUUGUAAGCAUUUCCUGUGGAAGGGCUUCAGUUUAAUGAAGGUAUAAGUAAGACAUUUGUUUAGGUCUGUCCUGAGUACUCCUGUUUCUGUGUGGGUGACCAGUGCUGCCCCGUGGCCUGUGUAGACAGUAUGUGCUAUGUUGUAACCCCGCUGUUUCCAUAAUGCUGUCUGGUGUUUAGUCUUGCAUGGUAAUAUUGCUGAGUCAGUUUCUAGGAUAAGCAAUUAACAUUUUGUCUCUUCCUGAAUAACUUGAAGUGGGAUUUUGUUGUUGUUGGAAAACAGCUCCUAGGAUGUAAGGCACUCUGAAGCUCAUACACUUCUCAAACAAAAGUUGUUUGAAAUUGUUUAGAAUAUACAAUUAUGUAAAUUGUUACAUUAAAAAGGUGUUGCCAUGAACCAUAUUUAAAGGGUAAGAGGGUGGGAGGUGCUACUACGAUGUGAGUCGAGUCAUUGUUUGAAUAAUGUGUCAUUAUCAAAAAAGUGCUACAAUAUCAUAUCAUUUUUCAAAACGAUUCAUUUCAUUCUCUUCACAAUCAUAUUUUCUGAAGGAUGACAAAACUGUUACAUGACUGCCAUACACUUUGUUAGAACCGACCUGCUUGUCUUGGUGGAAUUCAGAUAGGGUACACAAAUGUGUCUCGUCAGCCUGGUGGUGCCAGGCCGUGCUGCAACAUUUGGUACGAGUGGGUGUUCUGACUUCUAGAAGUCUGUAAAUACAUCAUCCCUACCAAAUGUUGGACACUGUAUAUUUUACUUCUUAAGAUGUUGUCCUUGGACAAGGUUACUAAGGACAGAAUUAUUGUGUAAGUGUUUCACCCUGUGCUUGGUAUCAGAGAAAGGGUUUCAUUGGUUUUGAUCUCAGCCAAUCAAAAGAGUGCUAGAAUCUUACAGUGAUUGGCUCAUGAACCAUGUGAUAGAGAGGUUUGAGCCAAUCAUCUGCUGUGUUCCAUACUGAUUGCCAGUGUUGUCCCCUGUCCUGUGUGGGUGGAGUGAGGCUGUCCCAGGCUGUAUGCUGGAGAUGUACAUAUACAACAAUAAACUUAUGCUAUGUCAAAUAUCA